AGAUGGACGUUGCGAGGACUGCUUUGAGAUCGGCAGCAGCAAUGGAGUCGAUACCGGGAUCGAACGGAGGAGCCGCUGCGGCCAUUUCCAAGUUAGCCCCCCACGUCGAUGUGCAAGAGCUGCAGAGGAUAGGAGCUCAGUGGACGAGCAAGAUAGCAGAAGUGACCAAGGAAAGCUUCUCGUCGCUCAUGAGCUCAAACUGGGACCCCCUUGGCCCGCCUGUGGUUGGAGCUAGCGGGCCCGUGGCUAGAGCGGCGAGUCAGGUGUACGAGGCUACCUUCACGUUCCACAAGGAGGUGACGAACGAGGCCAACGCAAUGGUGAAGAACUACGAGAAGAGAUGCUCCCGGUACGAAGUUCAGCUGAAAGAGGCAGAAGCAAGUUUGGAGAAGUGCAAAGCUGAAUCAGAAACUUGUGCCGAGAAAGCGAAGAGCAUCUCCAAGGUGAAUGAUGAGAUCAGAAGCGCGUGCAAGGCGAUCCAGUCUGCGUUGGAGUGCGAUGCAAGCAUCGAGGCGGAACGAUCGAAAGAUGUCGCCGCUCGUGCCAAAGUGAUGAUGGAGGAGAAGGAGAAAUUUGUUGCGGAGAUCAACAAGAAGAGGGAGGCGAUUGAAGUUGAGAGCAAGGAGAAGGAAGCUGAGCUUGUUGAGAAGUACAAGAAGGAAGGAACCGAGGGAUUUGUAUGAGGCAUAGCAAACCCUGAAACCU